UGCAACGGCCUGACUUAAGCGUCUGCCAUGGAGCCGCGGAAGGAGGAGCGAGCACUCCGCGACCCUGUCGCGCGGCCGCCCGGGGCCUCAAGGUUUCGGACACCGAACGAAGAGCGGCGGGAAGGCGGCGCAGCGCCGGAGGCAGUUGCCUUAGGCGCAGAGUUAGACGACGCUAGUGCAGACGGGCUGUGGGAGUUGCCAGUGGAGCCGGCUGAGCGGAGGCCCGAGUGCAGCCGCUGCAGCCGGCCUCAGAAAGUGUGUUUGUGUCCAUUUCUACCAGUGCACCCUCUGCAUAUCUCUACCUACUUGUACAUAAUUCAGCAUCCAGCAGAGGAAAACAAAGUGUUGCGGACAGUUCCUCUACUAGCAGCAUGCCUCCCCCAGGACAAGUGUAAAGUAAAGAUUGGUCGUCGCUUCAGUGAAGAAAGAGAUCCUGAACUUUCAACUGUUUGCCGGAAGUCUGGAACAUUAAUAUUAUAUCCAGGGGCUGAAGCUGCUAAUUUGGAAGAAUUUAUAUUAGAUUCUCCUGUUUAUCCUUCCACAAUCAUCAUCAUUGAUGGUACAUGGAGCCAGGCUAAGGACAUUUUCCAUAAGAAUUCCUUGUUCCGACUACCCAAACAGGUGCAGUUGAAAACUAGCGUUUCUAGUCAGUAUGUAAUUCGGAUGCAACCAACUAAUAGGUGCCUUUCUACACUGGAGUGUGCAGCUGUUGCGCUUUCCAUCUUGGAAAAAAAUAAUUACAUACAAGAGACUUUGCUUCGCCCUCUUCAAGCUUUAUGCUCUUUCCAGCUCCAGCAUGGUGCUCGAGUUCGCCUCAGCAAGGAACACCUUCUGAAAAAUGGAUUAUAUCCUAAGCCAAUGCCAAAGAACAAACGCAAACUCAGGAAAAUGGAACUGUUAAUGAAUAGUGUUAAAAUUUAGUACAGUUAUUCUUAUGGUUCUAGUUUACCUGUCUUCAGCUGACAGUACCAAGUUAAGUUUUCAUACAGCUUAGGUCUGUGGGUUUUCGACUCUUUAAAGUAGAAUGAGAGUUGUAUAUUAAUCUUGCCAGAAGAAGAAGAAAGUAAACCAAAUAGCCAUAAAAGCAAUGAAAAAAUUUCA